AUGAAAAGUCCAAAUCGUGAUAUCCCUAGGCUCUCUUCUCUGGAGGCGGUCACAAUUGAUCUCAAACCGUGUCCAUCGAUAUUUGUCUUGCCGACGCAUCUCACCCUUGAAGAAUUACAUGGAGUGGAGGAGACCCUGACAGCCUGUGGUGCUCUUGUGACCUAUGACAUUAGGGAGGCAGGCUUGGUGCUUGGGAAGCUCUCUCAAAAAAAGCGCGCUGCCCUAGAACUUCGUGCAAGGGGUCUAUGGACCGAGGAGAUCUCUCAUCCGGCUGAAACUCCCUGUACCCCCCCGGUGAAAAGGCGUCGCCUUAAUAGCCCUGCAGGCACGGUUUCACCAGUGAAAGAACCUCAAACUAUUGAUCUAGAUUCAGUGUCUGAGUUCGAAGGGUCCGAUAGACUGGAUUCUCCGAAGAAAAGUCAUAAAAAGGUAUUAAAGCCACCGGCAACUCCAGCUGCUUUGGCUCCAGCAUCAAUUGAUCCUCCGCUAUCUCCACCUCACGACAACGAUAUACGGGUGUUGAGGCUGGAAUGGCUACGUGAAUCACUGGCAGCGAGGCACUCCUUGCCCAUGAAACCAUAUACCGUUUAUUAUGCAAGCAAGCAACCGCGGCCCGAUACCACUAGCUAUACCACAUCCCCUUUGGGACUGGGUUUGGAAUGUGACACCGUCCACUCCACGCCUCAAACUCCUUCUCGAAAAAGAGAUGGAGAUUCCCUAGGGAUCCUCGAACGAGCGAGGGCAGAUGCAGCGACAGUCCCCCGGCCUCUCCUAGUUCCGUCCGUGAAAUCUCAACGGGCAAGGUUAAACCAUGGAAGCAGGCCAAGCCAGAAGCUACGCCCGAAGCUAUACCGAAAGUCAACGUCCGAACAUGAAGGAGCUACUCCUCUCCCUCCCGCUCCAGAUUGGGUUCGUGACAAUGUGCUGUAUGCAUGCCUUCGGUCUGCCCCUCUCCACCCACCCAACGAAGGAUUCAUCAAUCAGCUUCUCAAGAUCAAGAGAAUCCGAGAGCUCACUUUGGAUGAGAUUGGGGUGCGAGCCUACAGUACCUCUAUAGCGGCGAUUGCUGCGUAUCCUUACCCUCUUCAAACACCCGAAGAAGUCCUGACUAUCCCCGGAUGUGAGACAAGGAUAGCAAAUUGGUUUGCAGAAUGGAAGCAGAGUCCUGAUGGAAUACUGGAAGCAGCGAACCAGCUUGAUACCGAUCCUGUGUAUUCCACCUUGAACAUGUUUUACAACAUAUGGGGAGUCGGUGCAAAGUCAGCCCGGGAUUUCUACUACCACAGAAAUUGGCGCGACCUCGAUGAUGUCGUUGAACAUGGCUGGGAUAGUUUGUCUCGGGUUCAACAGAUCGGAGUUAAAUAUUACGAUGAAUUUAUGGAGGGUAUCACACGAGCAGAAGUCGAAUCCAUCUCGCAUGUUGUGCUUGAGCAUGCUCGCAGAGCGAGACCAGAUUCUGAUUAUGACGGGAAAGGCAUCGAAUGCAUUAUUGUCGGUGGUUACCGAAGAGGCAAAGAACGGAGUGGAGAUGUAGAUAUCAUUCUCAGCCAUCGCGACGAAGGUGUCACGCACAACCUUGUUUACGAUGUGGUAUCUAGUCUCGAGGAAGACGGUUGGAUCACCCAUACCCUCGCAUUACAUCUUACCAACACCCAGCGCGAUCAGCAACCGUUACCGUACCGCGGUGAAACUGCAAGAGGGAAGCACCAUUUCGACACGCUUGAUAAAGCCCUGGUUGUAUGGCAGGAUCCACACUUCGAUUCAUCAGCAGCUUCCGAGUCGAUGUCAGAAGAGCAUGAGACAAUAGCCCAACCCAGCUCCGACGAACAGGACGAUAAAAUCGACCUCAGCGAUAAAAGCACUUCUGAAACUCCGUCACAAGAGCCGGCUAUUACCAGAAAAAGGAACCCAAACCUCCAUCGACGCGUUGACAUUAUCAUCUCGCCGUGGCGGAGUGUUGGGUGCGCAGUGCUCGGCUGGUCCGGUGACACAACAUUCGAAAGAGAUUUGCGUCGGUAUGCCAAGAAAGCCUAUAAUUGGAAAUUUGAUUCAAGCGGCAUUCGAGCACGGGAGGGUAGUGGAGGACGUGUGAUCGACUUGGAGAGUAAGGGGGAAACAUGGGAGGAGAGGGAGCGAUUGGUUAUGGAAGGAUUGGGGGUAGGAUGGAGGCCCCCGGAAGAAAGGUGUACACGAUGA